AUGCCUUUUAUGACAGCUACCGAGCAGCCCAUGCCCAUCGCGGUUGUUGGGUUGAGCUACAGGUUCCCUGGUGGAGCCAAUUCCGAUGAAGCCCUAUGGGACAUGCUCGCGAACGGUCGGAGUGCAUGGUCGGAAAUUCCCAAAAGCCGUAUGAACGCCGAUGCGUUCUAUCAUCCUGAUAAUGGAAGAAAAGGAACGUUCUAUGUCCGCGGUGCCCAUUUUCUGGACGAGGAUAUUGCAACUUUUGACGCCCCGUUCUUCUCAAUCUCUGCAAAUGAAGCGAAAGCGAUGGAUCCCCAGCAGAGAAUGCUGCUGGAGGCAACCUACGAAGCGUAUGAGAAUGCUGGAAUAAAGUUGGAAGACGUCGUGGGUAGCAAGACAGCGUGCUUUGUCGGUACCUUGUCAAAUGAUUAUGGAGACAACCUGCACAAAGAUAUGGAGUUCAGCACGAGGUACCACAGCACAGGCAGUAUUUCCUCGCUGCUUGCCAAUCGACUCUCGUGGUUUUUUGAUCUCAAAGGGCCAAGCGUGAUGCUUGACACGGCUUGCUCCUCGAGUUUGGUAGCUUUCCAUAUGGCCUGUCAGAGCUUAAGAUCUGGAGAGGCCACGUCGGCCAUAGUCGGAGGAAGCGCGAUCAUUCUAAACCCAGACUUCUUCGUCAUCUUAGCCGGACCGGGGUUCCUCGGACCCGAUGGCAAGUGCCACUCAUUUGAUGAUAAGGCCAACGGAUACGGCCGCGGAGAGGGAGUCGCCUCGCUGAUUCUCAAGCCAUUGGAUGCUGCGCUGCGGGAUGGUGACCCAGUGCGGGCCAUCAUUCGAGGCACGGCGACCAACCAUGACGGUAAAACACCAGGAAUUGCCCUUCCAAGCCAGAAGGCUCAAGAGGAGCUGAUCCGCUCUGCCUACCGAAGCGCCGGUCUCGGUAUGAGCCAGACUGGGUAUUUUGAGGCUCAUGGAACCGGCACCCAAGCGGGAGAUCCCAUCGAAACCGGCGCCAUUGGGAAUACCAUCGGGGUGACAAAAUCAUCUGGAGAUCCCCUGUUCAUUGGCAGCAUCAAGAGUAACAUUGGUCACCUCGAAGGGGCCAGUGGUCUCGCAGCCAUCGUCAAGGCAAUCUUGAUUCUCGAGAAGGGCUUGAUUCCGGCGACCGCAGGGUUCGAGACUCCGAACCCGAAAACGCGUCUUGAGGAACAGGGGUUACAGGUAGCCAGUAAGCUCACCCCAUGGCCUCAUGACGGUCUCAGACGUAUCAGUGUAAACUCCUUCGGCUUUGGGGGCGCCAAUGCUCAUGUGAUCUUGGACGAUGCUUCUCAUUACCUCCAAGAUCAGAAUCUGGGAGCGUGUGGAAUCAGCGACCAACUUUCGGCGAGUGAUGAUGAGCCACUGCGGGACGUUAUCUCAGAAUCAGGCUCGGAUAACACAAACGAAUCCGGUUCACAACCUUUCUUGUCUGAUCCCUCGCGACUGUUUGUCCUUUCGUCUCACCAUGAGCAGGGCUGUGCGUCUAUUGCUCAAUCUCUGCAACAAUCCCUGUCUAAGAAAGAAGAGACAGAGUUGAACACGGAGCUUCUAGACAGCCUAUCUUAUACCCUAAGUGAUAGGCGAAGUAAGCUCAUGUGGAAGAGCUUUGUGGUGGCCUCUUCUGUCACUGAGCUAAACGAGGCCCUGCAGGCAAUAGCACGCCCGGUCAAGUCGGCGUCGAUUCGAUCGAUUGGGUUUGUUUUCAGUGGGCAAGGUGCGCAAUGGGCCAUGAUGGGCCGGGAGCUGCUGGUCUUUGAUAAAUUCCGCACUUCUCUCGAAUCCGCCGGAGCGUGUCUGAAAUCCCUGGGCUGUGAAUGGGACUUGAUAGAGGAGCUCGUUCGGAAUUCGGAUUGUUCCAAGAUCAAUCAAUCAGCUUUCAGCCAGCCAAUCUGUACCGCCAUUCAGGUCGCCUUGGUUGAGCUUCUGGCCCAUCUGCAAGUGCGUCCAAGUGCAGUAGUGGGCCAUUCCAGUGGCGAAAUCGCGGCCGCCUAUGCCAUUGGCGCCAUAUCGUGUGAAGAUGCAUGGAAGAUCGCAUAUCAUCGAGGACGUCUCUGCGAAAAGAUCAACCAGACAAAGGCUCGCUCGGCAGGAGCCAUGAUGGCUGCCAACCUAUCUGAGCAGGAAGCCCAGGAGAUCCUAGAGCAGAAUCCAAGUUUGCGAGUAGUUGUUGCGUGUAUCAACAGUCCUUCAUCAAUCACUCUCUCGGGAGACCGUGAUGACUUUGAGGCUCUCGAGUACAUCUUGGCCGAGAAGGACGUUUUCUCCCGCCGACUCAAAGUUGAGCAUGCUUACCACUCGCCCCAAAUGGAGAUCAUUGCAGAGGAGUAUCGGGAGUGUCUUGGCGACGUUCAGCAUCUCAGUCUGAAGCAAGACACUCCGGUGCGCAUGUUCUCGUCCGUGACAGCUUCAGAGAUCACAGCGGAGGAACUCUCCCCAGACUAUUGGGUCAGGAACAUGGUCUCCCCCGUCAGAUUCACUGCCGCUGUUCAGGGCCUAGUUCGUCCUUCAGGAAAGAAGGUUCGAAGAGGCGGACGGGCUGCAGUGGACGUCCUACUCGAGGUUGGACCCCAUUCGACGCUCAAGGGGCCUCUGAAACAGAUCCUAGACGCUGAGAAGCUUGAAGUCCCGUACUUUAACGUUCUGGCUCGUGGCAAAAGUGCGUUGUCAACCCUCCUUGGGGCAGCUGGUGGUUUGUUCCUCCGGGGCGUGGCCGUGGACAUCCUGCGGGCGAACCGGCUAGAUCAAUUGGAGAGACAUUCUCUCAAAGUCCUCACAGACCUCCCUUCGUAUCCGUGGAUGCAUUUGCACCGGUUCUGGUAUGAGUCUCGCCUGAGCCAUGAUUAUCGUCACCGGGCACACGGUCGUCACCAUCUCCUCGGUGCGCCCACGGCAGACCACAACACGCUGGAGCCCCGAUGGAGGAACUAUUUGCGAGUUUCGGACAGCCCGUGGAUCCGUGAGCACGUCGUGCAGUCCCGAAUCAUCUAUCCCGGUGCGGGGUUCCUCGUGAUGGCCAUCGAGGCUGCCUCUCAGCUCGCCGAUACGUCUAAGGUGGUGAAAGGAUUCGAGCUUCGAGACGUGCAGAUCAACCGAGCCCUACAGGUACCGGAAGAUGAAGAAGGCGUGGAAACAAUGCUUCAUCUGCGACCGUAUAUGGCGAACGGCCAAACAAAGGGCGCGAACUGGGAGGAAUUCGUCAUAUAUUCCUAUCAAUCCAAACAAGGCUGGCAAGAUCACGCGCGGGGCUUGAUUAUUACUCACUACCGACCCAACAAGGCGGGCUUCGAUCAGCAAAGGGAAGACGAGACACAGCUUCGACUCCAUCAGGAGCAGUACCUGCGAUCCUCUCAGUCCUGUUCAUCGACCAUCCCCGUUGACGAUUUCUACGAUCGUCUGAACCAGAUGGGCAUGCAGUUUGGCCCGGGAUUCCGCAACAUGUCUAGUAUCCAAUAUAGCCAGGGUCAAAGUGUCUGUCAGCUGCACAUUCCAGAGACACAAACGCAGAUGCCACAUGAGUUUGAACUCAAGCAUACUAUCCACCCGAUCACCCUCGACAACAUUUUCCACAUGGUUUUACCCUCUCGGGUCGGAGCAGGUGCAUCGAUGGAUGCGCAUGUUCCGGUCUCCCUGCAGAGUUUGUACAUUGCGGCUGAUAUCAAGAAUUCUCCCGGGACGCUUCUCACCGGCCAAUCGAUUGUCACGCAAGAAGAUGAUAGUGGAUUUGGGGCGACUGUCGUUGUCUCCGACUCGGACUGGGACAGCGUCCAGUUAGUAAUUAAAGGCCUGGAAUUGAAGCGAUUGGCCGCGGUUUCCGAAAAUGACUCGCUCGACGGAUCCAAUUCCCACGAGAGGAAAGUCGUGUUCCAGUCGAAGUGGAAAGAAGACAUUGACUUCAUCAAGCAGGAACAGGCUGCUCGACUAUUCAUGGACGGGCUAGACUCGGGAGCCAAAAAGCACACCAUGAUCAGGGAGUUGGAGCAGACAGCUCUUGUCCAGAUGAAACGAUGCCUGGGAAUAAUCGAGCAGUCUGGCACGGAAAAUCUGGCAACUCACCACAAGCUGUUUGUUCAGUGGAUGAGGAAGCAGGUUGAGACUUUCGGGGACCAGGUUGCGCCUUUGGAUCAGUAUUCCGAGCAAAGGCUGAUCGAAAAUACACGAGACCAAAGUAUUGAUGGUAGCAUUAUGUGCCAGGUCGGUGACAACCUGGAAUCCGUUCUUGAAGGGCGCGUGGAGCCGUUGGAGGUGCUAUUGCAGGAUAACCUACUCCACGAAUACUAUGCCAAGGGAUUGGGGCUCGACAGAGUCUAUCAUCAAUUGUCGGCAUACCUUGAUCGACUCGUGCACAAAUAUCCCAAUAUGAGCUUCCUCGAAAUUGGUGCAGGCACAGGCGGCGCCACCUUGCCAGUCCUCGAGAUCCUUGGUGGACAUGGGGAUCGUCCAGCAAGAUUCCAGUCGUACACAUUCACAGACAUUUCGUCUGGUUUCUUCGGAAAGGCGAAAGCCAAGUUCGACGACUGGGACGAAUAUCUCUCGUAUCAAAAGCUUAACAUCGAGAACGAUCCAGAAGAUCAAGCGUUCCAACCGCAUUCGUAUGACGUGAUUGUUGCUGCAAAUGUCCUCCAUGCUACCAAGACCAUGGACACUACAAUGGCCCACGUUCGAAAACUUCUUAAGCCAGGCGGGAAGCUUGUGAUGAUUGAGAUCACACAACAGCUGAUGUUUCUCCCAAUGAUAAUGGGCAUCCUGCCAGGCUGGUGGCUGGGAGAGGAUGAUGGCAGACAUGAUGGCCCGACCCUGAAAGCUCAGGAAUGGGAUAUACUGCUCCGUCGACAAGGGUUCAAAGGCGUUGAGGUCAGCCUCGCUGACUAUACCUACUACCAGGAAGACGAGCUGUUCAGUCUCAUCGUCUCUACCGCCGAGGAUAGCACCUCAGUGAUCUCACACUCAGGAUCGGAAACAUUGAUCGUUCAGCCUGAAAAGAGAAGCACGACGCUUGACGAUAUCAUCAUCAAUUUAGGGCACACAAUGGGUCAGGGAGGCCAUCAAGUCUCUCCAUGUUCCCUGGGCGAGUUACCCUCAGACCUGACAGGAUACACCUGUAUUGUCAUGCUAGAGUACGACAAUCCCAUUCUUGCCAAUAUCUCUAGCGAGGCGUUCGACUCGAUCCAACGGCUGCUUCUGACUUCCAAAGAGGUCGUUUGGGUCACUAAGGGCGCCGCCAUCAAUACCCAUGUACCUGAAGCGAACAUGAUUGUUGGGCUCGCAAGAACUAUCCGCGCUGAACAGCCCAAUUCUCACAUUUCGACGCUUGACUUGAGUUCCAAUUCAGAAUCAGCUGCGGAGUGGAUCGCUAACACCUUGCAAUUUCAAUCUACGUCGCAAGCAUCCAGCCAUCACUCUCGAGAUUACGAGUUUGUGGAAAGGGAUGGAUCUAUAUUGAUCAGCAGACUCGAAGAGAUCAAGCCAGUGAAUACCAUGGUCGUUUCUCAUUCUAGUACUCGGCCAGCCAUCAUUCCCUUCACACAGUCAAAGAGCGCCCUGAAAUUGGAGGUCAAGACGCGCGGUCUUCUUGAUUCUUUGCAGUUCACCGAAGACGAGGAGAUUAGCCAGCCACUUCCCGAUGAUGAAGUGGAGGUUGAAGUCAAGGCGGCUGGUGUCAACUUCAGAGACGUCAUGGUCGCUAUGGGCAAAGUUCCCGGUCCUCUCGGUUUGGAAUGCAGCGGGCAAGUAAGAAGGAUCGGCCAAAAAGUGACAAACUUCAAACCUGGUGAUCGAGUGUGGACCACCUUGCUAGGUGCUUAUAGGUCAAGGGUGCGAUGCCACGAGUCGCUCUUCCAGCUAAUUCCGGAGGGGAUGAGCUACGAAACUGCCGCUUCCUUGCCCCUGACUUACAUGACUGCAUACUACUCGCUAUUUGAGGUUGCACGUAUGCGCCGAGGCGAGAAGAUCCUCAUUCAUGCAGGCUCCGGUGGUGUUGGGCAGUCAGCAAUCAUUUUGGCCAAGACACUCGAUGCUGAGAUAUUCAUCACAGUCGGUUCGGACCAGAAGAAACAGGCCAUGAUGGAUCUAUACGGUAUUCCUGAGGAUCAUAUCUUCAACAGCCGGGACCUCAAUUUUGCGAAGGGCGUCAAACGCAUGACGGACAAUCGCGGCGUCGACAUCGUCCUUAACAGCUUAGCAGGAGAGGCCCUCCAGCUGUCAUUCCAGUGCCUCUCCAUGUAUGGCCGGUUUAUUGAAUUAGGAAAGACCGAUAUUCUGGGAAACAGCAAGCUAGAGAUGGCUCCUUUCAAAGGGAAUAUCACCUUCGCCUCGGUCGAUGUCGCCAUGAUUAUGGAAAUCGACCGGCAGACCACUGCAAGAAUCCUGGCUGAGAUGGCAGUCCUAUUACGCAUGGAUGUUAUCAAAGAGAUCCACCCGGUGACAGUGUACGAUUACUCUGAAGUUGAGAAAGCCUUCCGGGUCAUGCAAGUGGGAUCUCACGUUGGAAAGCUGGUGCUUCGGCCCACGGAGGAUAGCAUCGUGAAGGCCGACCCGAAGAGUCAAUUCCCCAUUCACAUCAGCCCUGAUGCCACAUAUCUCCUGGUUGGUGGUCUUGGUGGCUUGGGACGAAGCAUCGCACACUGGAUGGUUGCAAACGGCGCAAAGAACCUUGCAUUCAUUUCUCGAUCUGGAAUCCAGAGUCCAAAAGCACAAGAGCUCGAGAAUCAGCUGAGGGAUGCCGGUGCAAAGGUAGCUAUCUACGCCUGCGAUGUAGGUGACAAAGCAGCACUUGAAACGGUCCUUGGAAUCUGCAGCCAAAACAUGCCUCCAAUCCGCGGUGUCAUUCAGGGCGCAAUGGUCUUACAAGACACACUGUUUGGAAAUAUGACUGCCGAGAAAUUCCAUGCUGCUGUCCGUCCCAAGGUUCAAGGUUCAUGGAACCUGCAUGAGCUUCUGCCUCGCGAUUUGGAUUUCUUUACUAUGUUAUCCUCCUCUGCUGGUAUUAUCGGCAGUCGCGGCCAGGGCAAUUAUGCGGCUGGAAACACCUACCAGGGUGCGCUGGCCGCCUAUCGCCGGGGUCUGGGGCUGGCCGCGUCAACAAUCGACCUUGGAGUGAUCCUAGAUGUCGGAUACGUGGCUGAAAAUGCGAAAGCCCUGAAAAAUGCCGAGCGAUUAGGAUUGGUUGGGAUCCCCGAACAGGAGUUCCUGCAGAUCCUGCGAGGAGCCAUCACUAGUGCCAAGCCCUCAUCCAAUAGUGACGCGCCAGUCCAAUUUACGACUGGUCUUGGUACCGGAGGUGUGAUUCAAGAACAGCGUGGUGGAGAGUUUCCAUAUUACUUCCGUGAUGCUCGGUUCUCCCAUUUGCGCAAUGUGGACAUCAACCGCACGGGACUUGUUGGUGCUGGCAGCAACAGCAACAAGGAGGUUCAAAGCCUGUAUAUUCAGCUAGAACAAGCGAAGGUUCUCGAAGAAGCCCACGGAAUCAUUGGCACAGCUUUCAUCGAGAAGAUCUCGAAACUUCUAUUAGUCCCGGUGGACUAUAUAAGCCUCCACAAGCCCCUGCACGAGUAUGGAGUUGAUUCCCUUGUUGCCGUGGAGAUUCGCAACUGGGUCUUCCAUGAGGCGCGUUCCAGUGUGUCUGUGUUUGAUAUUUUGAGCAAUGAUCCCAUUAAUGUGUUAUGUGAAAAGAUUGCGAUGGGAUGCCCUUUUCUGAAAAAGCUGGUUGAUGCCAGUUUGGAGAAGUGA